AUAUAAACACUAGAAAUGGCGGACGACAACAAUACGAAGCCAAGUGAAGUAAACAAAAAUGAUGAUUCCUCCACUGCAGACAAGGAAAAUGAACCUGUAUUGUUGCCAGACGGCGAAAAGAAACGAGAGGAGAGAGAAGAGAACAAAAAUGACGGUGACGAUAUACAAUUGAACAUCGGAGAACAGUAUAUGGUUCGACGGGCAGACGAUACAUGGCAGGCAGCAGAAAUCAUCCAAAGAAGAUACAAUGAUGUUGAGAUGCAAAAUGAAUACUACGUUCACUACGAUGGACUCAAUCGUCGACUGGAUGAAUGGGUGACUAAAGAGAGGAUAGAUUUAUCUGAAUUGUAUCAACGUGGGGACAAAACAUUAACGGGUAAUGACCUCCUCAAUGACCAAACUGCAGGACGGAAAAUUACAAGAAAUCAGAAGCGGAAACAUGAUGAAAUCAAUCAUGUACAGAAGACCUAUGCAGAUAUGGACCCUACAACGGCAGCACUGGAAAAAGAACAUGAAGCAAUAACAAAAGUAAAGUACAUAGACAGAGUGCAGAUUGGCCGAUUCGAGAUUGACACAUGGUAUUUCAGCCCAUAUCCAGAAGAAUAUGGGAAAGCACCUAAACUCUAUACGUGCCAAUAUUGUCUAAAAUAUAUGCGACUUGAAAAAACCUACAGAUAUCAUCUGAGUGAAUGCACUUGGAGACAACCACCGGGUAGAGAUAUUUACAGAAAAGGAACACUUAGCAUCUAUGAAGUGGAUGGGGCAGAACACAAGAUAUACUGCCAGAAUCUCUGCCUUCUUGCAAAACUCUUCCUAGACCACAAGACAUUAUAUUUUGAUGUGGAGCCAUUCUUGUUUUAUAUCCUGUGCGAGGUGGACAAGCAGGGAGCACAUUUAGUUGGUUAUUUCUCAAAGGAGAAGGAAAGUCCAGAUGGGCAUAAUGUAGCUUGCAUUAUGACACUCCCACCAUUCCAGAGAAAAGGCUAUGGGAAACUCCUUAUAGCUUUCAGUUAUGAGCUCAGCAAGCUAGAAGGAGUUGUAGGGAGCCCUGAGAAGCCUCUGUCUGAUCUUGGAAAGCUUUCCUACCGAUCAUAUUGGACCUGGGUACUUUUAGAGAUUCUUCGAGAUUUUAAAGGCACACUGUCCAUCAAAGAUCUUAGCCAAAUGACCAGCAUCACGCAGCAAGACAUAAUUUCCACGCUGCAGAGCAUCAAUUUAGUAAAAUACUGGAAGGGUCAACAUGUUAUAUGUGUCACACCAAAACUUGUGGAGGAAUACAUUAAUUCAGCCCAGUUCAAGCGUCCAAGACUAACAGUAGACCCUUCCCUUCUGAGGUAUGUUCUUGAAUGUUUUGUAUAGUUUUUUGUUAUGAAC